GCUGGUCUGAACCAUGUCUGGCUGUCACGCUCAAGGAGACUGUUGCUCGCGGCCGUGCGGCGCGCAGGACAAGGAACAUCCCAGAUUCCUGAUCCCAGAACUUUGCAAACAGUUUUACCACCUGGGCUGGGUCACUGGCACCGGAGGAGGAAUUAGCUUGAAGCAUGGCAAUGAAAUCUACAUUGCUCCCUCAGGCGUGCAAAAGGAACGCAUUCAGCCAGAAGAUAUGUUUGUUUGUGACAUCAAUGAACAGGACAUAAGUGGGCCUCCAGCAUCUAAAAAGCUCAAAAAGAGCCAGUGUACUCCUCUUUUCAUGAAUGCUUACACCAUGAGAGGAGCAGGCGCCGUGAUUCAUACCCACUCUAAGGCUGCUGUCAUGGCCACCCUUCUGUUCCCAGGACAGGAGUUUAAAAUUACACAUCAAGAGAUGAUCAAAGGAAUAAAGAAAUGUACCUCAGGAGGGUAUUACAGGUAUGAUGACAUGUUAGUGGUACCCAUUAUUGAGAACACUCCUGAAGAGAAGGACCUCAAGGAACGAAUGGCUCAUGCAAUGAAUGAAUACCCAGACUCCUGUGCAGUGCUCGUCAGGCGUCACGGGGUGUACGUGUGGGGAGAGACAUGGGAGAAAGCAAAAACCAUGUGUGAGUGUUAUGACUACCUGUUUGACAUUGCAGUCUCCAUGAAGAAGAUGGGAAUGGAUCCAGCACAGCUUCCAGUGGGAGAAAAUGGAAUUGUAUGAGCCAGGUGGAUGCCUAAGUAUCUUCAAGGAGAAAACAAACUUAAUUAUGCCUUAAAUAAAGCUUGACUGCUUUUAAA